UCUAUGUAGACUGACACACUAAUCUGACUGUCUACUGUACACCCUUUCAUUACACGAGUCACGAACGGGCCGGUGGCGCAUCUUUCAUCGGACGACGAAACCCACCUCGAACUUUAACUAUGGCCGAUCAACAACGACAAUCGUCGGCCGAACCGGCUACGGAACCGGUGCCCCAGACGGCGGCCCAAACGGCACUCGAGACAGCGGCCGAGCCGGUUGCGCAGUCGACCGCUCCGGUUGCGCAGGCUGAGGCUCCAAUCGAAGCCAUAGAGCCGGAGCAACAAGAACGUGAGGAUGACACCGACAGGUCCUCGUUGGGUGGUUUCUCUUCAGAGGACUCACAGGCCUCAAUGCGCUCCAGCAUUCUCGACUAUCGUCGCGAAAACGGUCGCACGUACCAUCGUCUCAGCGACGGCAAAUACAUCAUGCCUAACGACGAGCUGGAACAGGAGCGUCUGGACAUCGUUAAUCACAUGUGGAUGCUCAUCUGGGACGGCAAGUUCUGUCUCUGCCCAAAAAACGACGGCGCCAAGCGGGUCCUCGACAUCGGGACCGGUACUGGCAUCUGGUCUAUGGACUACGCCGAUGAGCACCCUGAAGCAGAAGUCAUCGGCGUCGACCUCAGCCCGAUUCAGCCCGACUACGUGCCGGUGAACUGCAUCUUCGAGGUGGACGACCUCGAGAAAGAGUGGACGUGGACCGAGCCGUUCGACUUCAUCUUUGCGCGCAACAUGAUUGGCUGCUUCUCCAACUGGGAGGGCGUCAUGGAGCAGGCCUACGACAACCUCGAGCCCGGCGGCUACUUCGAGAUCCACGACAGUGUGUACCCCAUCCUGUGCGACGACGGCACCGUCAAGGAGGACUCGCCUAUAGCGAAGUGGUCGCGCUUGAUCCUCGAGGCCUGCGACAAGAUUGGCCGCUCCGUCACUAUCACGCACCAGUUCCCGCGGCUCAUGUGGGAGGCUGGCUUCGAGGACGUGACCGUUACCAAAUGCAAGUUCCCGCUAUCUGGCUGGCCCAAGGGCCGCAAGCUGAGGGAUGUCGGCACAUGGGUCCAGGCGUCGCUGUUGCCCGGUCUCGAAGGCAUGUCGCUGGCGCUGUUCACGCGCGUCUUGGACUGGAGUCCCGAGGAGACGAUUGUCUUUUGCGCCCAGGUCAGGGCGGACGUGAAGAACACCAGACUUCACGGAUACUGGGACGGGAUGUCCGUUUACGGACGGAAGCCUUUCCCCAAGGAAGAUACGAGCCACUAAUGGGCUAGAAUUUCGGCGGCGUCUUCUUUCGCAUUUCAAGUUCUGGGCGGUGGCUGCCUCAUUUUCAAGAAGUGUGCAAGUUGAUUGGGCUAGAUUAAUGAACUCAUGAUUUAUGCAUCUCUCUCAGGAUAAUAGAGGGGUCACGCCAGCAAGUCGCCCCAAGAGGCAACACGAGCUAACGAUUCGGGUGGAGUUCUGUUAUUGCAAGAUACAUUUCAACGAAAACAUGUAACUCAGACAUAGCGCCAAAAUCUCCGUAAUCCGCAUGAAUGCCAGCUCUGUGGGUCAACAACAACAUUCCGUUAAUGUGAAGACAUCGCAUCACAGAUGGCUCGCCUCCUUCCGUGAGCCUGACGCACGCGUGGCAUUCGACCUCAAUGUUAAGCCUAAUAAUUUCUCCUCGUCUU